AUGGCGGCGGCGGGCAGCGCGGGCAGCGCGGGCAGCGGCGGCGGCAGCGACACGUCCAGCACCGGCGAGGAGGAGCGCGCGCGGCUGCUGUUCCAGACGUGCGACGGCGACGGCGACGGCUACAUCAGCAGAAAUGACCUGCUGAUGGCCUGCCGCCAGCUGCAGAUGGAGGAGUCUGUGGCUGAGAUCAUGACCCAGCUGGGCGCCCAGGAGGGCGGGAAGAUCUCCUUUCAGGAUUUUGCACGGUGCCGCAGGCAGCUCGCUCGAGAAAUCAGGAGAGAGGAAGUCGACCUUUCUGUGAAAUCAGACAGCUCCUGUGGCGAGCAGCAGCUGAGGGAUCGCAUUGCUUCCUGGCCCACGGGCAGCAACCACAGCUUGGGUGCCUUCACCGUGGCCGGGGAGAGCUGGGAAUACGACUCUGGUGCCAGGGACCUGCAGAGCCUGGACUUGCAGAGUCAGUCUGCGCUCCAGAAGCUUCUGGAGUGGGGCGGAAACCCUGUGCCCCAACAGGCGGCCUUCCUCAGGCUGCCGGCGCAGGCCCCGCCCCUGCGCGGGAGCUGUGCAGAGCUGGCCAACACGCUCCACCUGGCAGCCCUGGCGUCCCUGAAGGGAGAUAUCGUGGAGCUCAAUAAACGUCUGCAGCAGACGGAGCGGGAACGGGACCUUCUGGAAAAGAAAUUGGCCAAGGCACAGUGUGAACAGUCCCACCUCAUGAGGGAGCAUGAGGUCGUCCAGGAGCGCACGACACUGCGGUAUGAGGAGCGCAUCACGGAGCUGCACAGCGUCAUUGCCGAGCUCAACAAGAAGAUCGACCGUCUGCAGGGCACCACCAUCAGGGAGGAGGAUGAGUACUCGGAAUUGCGAUCAGAACUCAGCCAGAGUCAACACGAGGUCAACGAGGACUCUCGGAGCAUGGACCAAGACCAGACCUCUGUCUCCAUCCCCGAAAACCAGUCCACCGUGGUCACCGCUGACGUGGACAAUUGCAGUGACCUGAACUCAGAGCUGCAGAGAGUGCUGACGGGGCUGGAGAACGUGGUGUGCGGCAGGAAGAAGAGCAGCUGCAGCCUGUCGGUGGCCGAGGUGGACAGGCACAUCGAGCAGCUGACCACGGCCAGCGAACACUGCGACCUGGCUAUUAAGACUGUCGAGGAGAUUGAGGGGGUGCUCGGCCGGGAGCUGUAUCCCAACCUGGCCGAGGAGCGGUGUCGAUGGGAGAAGGAGCUGGCUGGGUUGAGGGAAGAGAAUGAGAGCCUCACUGCCAUGCUGUGCAGCAAGGAGGAGGAGCUGAACCGGACCAAGGCCACCAUGAAUGCCGUCCGGGAGGAGCGGGACCGGCUCCGGAGGAGGGUUCGAGAGCUUCAAACUCGACUGCAGAGCGUGCAGGCCACUGGUCCCUCCAGCCCCGGCCGCCUCACUGCCCCCAGCCGCCCUGUGAACCCCAGCACCGGAGAGCUGAGCACCAGCAGCAGCAGCAAUGACGUUCCCAUUGCCAAGAUUGCUGAGAGGGUAAAGCUGUCAAAGACAAGGUCCGAGUCCUCCUCAUCUGACCGGCCGGUCCUGGGCUCAGAAAUCAGCAGCAUAGGGGUCUCCAGCAGUGUGGCUGAGCACCUGGCCCACUCGCUCCAAGACUGCUCCAACAUCCAAGAGAUUUUCCAGACACUCUACUCACAUGGCUCUGCCAUCUCUGAAAGCAAGAUUCGAGAGUUUGAGGUGGAAACAGAGCGGCUGAAUAGCCGCAUUGAACACCUCAAAUCCCAAAAUGACCUCCUGACAAUAACGCUGGAAGAAUGUAAAAGCAACGCUGAGAGGAUGAGUAUGCUGGUGGGAAAAUACGAGUCCAACGCCACAGCGCUGAGGCUGGCCCUGCAGUACAGUGAGCAGUGCAUCGAAGCUUAUGAGCUUCUCCUGGCGCUGGCCGAGAGUGAGCAGAGCCUGAUCCUGGGACAGUUCCGAGCGGCCGGUGUGGGCUCCUCCCCGGGAGACCAGUCAGGGGAUGAAAACAUUACUCAGAUGCUGAAGCGAGCCCACGACUGCCGGAAGACAGCCGAGAACGCCGCCAAGGCCCUGCUCAUGAAGCUGGAUGGCAGCUGUGGGGGAGCCUUCACUGUGGCUGGCUGCAGCGUGCAGCCCUGGGAGAGCUUGUCCUCCAACAGCCACACCAGCACAACCAGCUCCACGGCCAGCAGCUGCGACACAGAGUUCACCAAGGAGGACGAGCAGAGGCUGAAGGAUUACAUCCAGCAGCUCCGGAACGACCGGGCCGCGGUCAAGCUGACCAUGCUGGAGCUGGAGAGCAUCCACAUCGACCCGCUCAGCUACGAUGUGAAGCCGCGCGGGGACAGCCAGAGGCUGGACCUGGAGAACGCGGUGCUCAUGCAGGAGCUCAUGGCCAUGAAGGAGGAGAUGGCGGAACUCAAGGCCCAGCUCUACCUGCUGGAGAAGGAGAAGAAGGCCCUGGAGCUGAAGCUGAGCACGCGGGAGGCCCAGGAGCAGGCCUACCUGGUGCACAUCGAGCACCUCAAGUCCGAGGUGGAGGAGCAGAAAGAACAGCACACGCGGUCCCUCAGCUCCGGCGGCAGCAGUGGCGGCAGCAAGGAGAAGCCCCCCAAGGAGUGUGCCGAAGCUGCCUCCCCAGCUCUGACGACGUGCGGUGAGAGUGAGCUGGCUGCUGAGUUCACCAGCGCUAUCCGGCGGGAGAAGAAGCUGAAGGCCAGGGUGCAGGAGCUGGUGAGCGCCUUGGAGAGACUCACCAAGAGCAGCGAGAUCCGGCACCAGCAGUCCGCGGAGUUCGUCAACGACCUGAAGCGCGCCAACAGCAACCUGGUGGCGGCCUACGAGAAGGCGAAGAAGAAGCAUCAGAGCAAGCUCAAGAAGCUGGAGUCGCAGAUGAUGGCCAUGGUGGAGCGGCACGAGACGCAAGUGCGCAUGCUCAAGCAGCGCAUCGCCCUGCUGGAGGAGGAGCACUCGCGGCCGCACACCAACGAGACGUCCCUGUAGGGGCGCCCGGGGCGUCCUGCCCGCUCGCUGCCCGUGGGCCUCGGCGGGAGCCGGUGGGCUUCUCCGGGAUGCCCCCUCCCCAGUCCAUCCUUAGGGCGGGGCCGCCCUGGGCGUACUCCUGGGGGCUGGGAAGGAUGUCAGCUCCCACCGGCUCCUGGCGACAGCAAGAGGCUGUGCAGGACCCGACUCGCAGAUGGUUCGCAGUGCCGGGGAGGGAAGCAGGCCGGAGCUGGGAAGGACCCGUCCCUGGAGCCGUUCGGGGACGACCUUGUGUUUCUGGUCCAAGGCCCCUGGCUGCUGAGGCCAGGUGUCCUGUGAGAAGUGCGCUCCGGUGCCACCGUUAGCUGCAAACGAAGGCGUUUGCUGUGCCCACGCCACUGCAGGCAAGUCCGCGUGUCCACGUUCCCGGUGUCUCCUUGGGUGUUCUCUGACAACCAUCUCGUGCGUGUUAGGCUGGUUUCUUCCUGAGGACAGACACUGGGUGAAGUCACAUACACGCAUAUUACACGUACAUCGCAGCUGUGUCACGUCAGGGGUGGCCCCUGCAGGCCCCCUCCCUCUGUGGUUGAACAGGCUUCGUGUCCACCCGCAUCCUCCAGGCACAAUCAGAACCUGCUCCUCCCCCGCUGUUCACCCGGCCCCGGCCACGGUGUCACCCACCACAGGACAGGAAGGCGCCCCACGGCGGGGCAGGUCCUGUGUUCUCCAGAGCCAGCAGGCACCUGGCCGUGCCAUGCAGGAGCAGCUGCACAGCACUGACCAACCAGUGACUGUCGUCUCCUUUUUGUCUAGCCUGGCUCCACACCUGAAUUUUCCUCUAAGGCUGGGUUUACCUUACCAUCUCCACUGAGGACAAGCAGUUCCCUUGGUUUCUUCACUCACGAGGUCAUGAACCCUCAGGAUUUCAAACCUUUCCUCAUUCCCUUCUGUUUCUGCAGGCUUACCUCUUUGUAGGCCGUCACCCUGGUCAGCGGUCGGCCAGAGAGAAGGGACCCACUCCACGUUCUCCAGGGGCGUGCUUCCCACUGCUGAUGGAGGCAGGGGUCAGCCAGAGACCCUCAUCCCCCCACCCCCACCUCACAGCUUCCAGGCUGCCUUGGGAUCCAGGCAGUCCGAGUCCUGAGACUGAAUUGUGUGGCCAUCGCCCUGCCCCAGCAUGCACUGGCUGCGUCAGCCACGCGGCGGUUAGAUCGCUGACAGGCGCCAGUUCUGCUUGUUCCCCCAGCCCCUCCCGGGGGCCUCGGGGAGCUGGGCUCCUUGCCUCCAAAGGCAGUCCCAGAAGCGCCUGCGGGCUGUGUCUGAGGAACUGCUGGGGUGAGGGAAGCUCCCCACACUGUACACAGGUUAUGGGGGGGUGCCCCACAGUCGCCACGUUGGGACUGGACUGCCUCCGUCACAGUUGCCUGUUCUCUCCAAAGGGCUUUCCUGUGGCCCUGGGACCAUUCUUUUUAAUUCAGAGGUCUCAGGUUCGGGGCAUUGUGCUUGUACUUUAAGAUGCUGAGACCAUGGGCAAACACCCACUCCUGUUCAUCACCUCUGAGCGUGUCCCUUCCAUCAUAACGUUCUGAACCACUUACCAGUGCAGAGUUCCCGACCAGGGGAGGGCCCAACGGCUGACGCGCGUGCAGUGGACUUAGCGUGCAGCACGGGGGAGGGCCUAGUUUGCUUUUUUUUUUUUUCCUGCAGUAGAUGUUUGUCCUACAAACACUAAGAAACGAGGGAGUGGACUUUUCUGUUUAUCAAAUAGAACAGUACCAAGGUCCCACCGCUGGGGCCGGCCUUCUCGGCAGGACUUGGCACGACAGACAAAGUAGAUCUGCACUCCACAGACGCUCUUGAAGUUUAUCCCAGCUGCGCUGACGGAGGUCAGGCUGAAGUCAGCCCGGCACCCGUGGCCUCCCCGCUGCACACCCUCUCAGCUGCCAAAAACCCAAGGACGGGAACUAGAAGCGGUGCUAGUGUGAGCCCAGCACCAGCACGCGAGCAGCCGUGGCUGUCACGAUGUCACCGACAGGGCACACACCUGGGCAGGGCAGAGGUCUCGUGUGCAGGCUGGGAGUUCUGAGGAUAAACAUUCUGGCCCCACCGCAGCCGAGACUUGGCCUGCGCAGGACUGAAAACCCCUGCGGUCCCAGCAGCCACUGCCCCCCGUCCAUCCGAGCAGAGCGACAGACACAAACCUCCUCACACCUGCACAGCCGGCUGAGGAGUAACCCUUGCUCCUCUGUUCACUUGGCACUGUCUCCAGGUCAGACUACGGAAGGCCCUGCCUUUGGGCAGCCAGCGGGCGCUCAGCCUCUGCUUGAAGCCAGCGCAAAGCAGUGAAACACAUCCAUUCUGUUUCUGAUCUUAGACAUCUUGUCAGCAUUGCUUACUCUGCAUGACACCUCGGUUUCUUACUUUAAAACGCGCCACUUUCACACCACUUGAAUUAGGAAAUCCCGCGUGAACGUCCUGGCGGAGCACACGGGGCUAGGCCUGCACUUCAGAUGCAGAGGCUCUGAGAGUUGCUACUUAACGCUGUAUCAUACCUUGUAAUUUUUUAGAUUCAACUUGUAUGCUCCAAAUGUUUCCAGAUGCCUUUAGUUUUAGAUGCUGUAAAAUAGUUUUGUGUUAUUUGAUAUAGAAUCGUUUUCUUUAAAAAAAAAAAAAAAAACAACCUUCAUUUAUUUAUACA